UUCUUUUGCUAUGUGAUCACAGAUAUUCACAUCAUUUCCCUUUGAAACUGGGUCAUUCUUUGGUCACGGAGGCCGUUUAUAAUUCAAGGGUAUCUUUGCGUGGACAUCUUUACCCACGUGUCCCAUCUUCGGAGGGCACACUGCAGGCUUUCCCAAGAGCGCCAGAGCCGCAUAACGGGUGGAAGGGGGGCCGCACGCACAGCUUCUCCGCGCCCAACUCAGCCCUCCACGCGGCAACCGGGCCGCCAUUGCCGGCGUUCUCCGAGACCCGGCACCGAGCGACUACUGCGCAGGCGCCCAAGCCUGCAGGGCGGAAGCGGAAACAGAAAGCUGCGCACGGCGUGUGGACGACUCAGCGGCCCGCAGCCAUGCGCGGCUUGGCGGAGCGGGGUUCCAGCUGCACAGCAGCCCCGUGCGGGUGCGCUCAGCCGGCCCUGGAGACAGGAAAUCUUUUCACUGAGCCAAUAGGCUACUUAGAAUCAUGUUUCAUGGCCAAGAAUGGUACUCCAAGGCAGCCAUCCAUCUGUAGCCACUCCAGAGCCUGUUUGAAAAUCAGAAAGAGCAUCUUUAAUAAUCCUGAACAUUCCUUGAUGGGCCUAGAACAGUUUUCUCAUGUUUGGAUUUUGUUUGUUUUUCACAAAAAUGGCCAUUUGAACUACAAGGCAAAAGUGCAGCCACCUAGGCUAAAUGGGGCAAAGACUGGAGUGUUCUCCACAAGGAGCCCACAUCGCCCCAAUGCGAUAGGACUGACGCUGGCCAAGCUGGAGAAGGUGGAAGGUGGCGCUGUAUACCUGUCUGGAAUUGACAUGAUCCAUGGCACGCCUGUGCUAGACAUAAAGCCCUACAUUGCUGACUAUGACUCACCACAGAACUUGGAGCCUUUGGAGGACUUGAAUAUGCAGAAUAACCACCAUAAGCCGAAGGCUGCGUCCCAGGCUGAUGGCACAGCUGGCAGUUGUGACCAGCGCCUGCUCUCAGGGUGUGGGAAAGCACAGCACUGCCAGAGCGCUGAGGAGAAACUGAAAUGCCUUGAAGACAGAACCCCAGAAGAAAACUCCCAGAAGUCUAGAGACAGCACAGAAACCCAGCACAUUUUCCCUGAGGACGGAGAGAGAACAGUGGAUUUGGUGCUGGAAUCAAGCAGAGGUGACAGUGUGGGUAUGGCUGAAGAGCAGCUUGGCCCACAGGAUCUGAAGAGCUUUCUGAACGAAGGCACAGAUAGGUCUAGGAACGUGGAGCAUGCCUUGGUCCUGCAGGGGAGCAGUGCAGAGACAGGGUGGGCUUCCUGCCGUGCGGGGACAGCUGACAGAGCGCCCUGCAGUGUCGUCCCCACCUGGGUGAAGGAGGCUCCUGCAGCCUCUUUACGAGUCCGGUUUACUCCUCAUGCAGACAUGGACCUGAGGAAGCUCAGUUCAGGAGAUGCUGGUCGGAUGUCCUUUAAAUACUUUCAGUCCACAGAGGAAGCCAAGUGUGCCAUUGAGGCUGUGCUUUCGGCAGACCCCCGGUCUGUGUACCGACGGAAGCUCUGUCAGGACCGACUUUUCUUCUUCACUGUCGACACGGCACACGUCACAUGCUGGUUUGGCGAUGGCUUUGCUGAGGUUCUGCGGAUUAAACUGGCUUCUGAGCCUGUUGAGAUGACUGACCCUAAGGAGUCCUUGGUGGCUCUGGGGUCUUGAGCCUCAUGGUGUUUUUAGACAGCCCAGUUGACCUCUGGAUGUUCCUGCUUUUGUUGUUUUACCGCUUUGGUUGGUGCCUUUUAAAAUAUUGAUUUGAGUUGGGUGGUGGUGACGCACGCCUUUAAUCCCAGCACUUGGGAGGCAGAGCCAGGCGGAUCUCUGUGAGUUUGAGGCCAGCCUGGGCUACAGAUCGAGUUCCAGGACAGCCAAGGCUGUUACAUAGAGAAACCCUGUCUCAAGAAACCAAAAAAUAAAAUAUUUAUUUGAAGUAACUGGUUUGAUUUUGGUUUUGGUUUUGAUUUUUCAAGACGGUUUUCUAUGUAGCCCUGGCUAUCCUGGAACUCUUUGUAGACCAGGCUGACCUCAAACUCACAAAGCUCCACCCACCUCUGCCUCCAGUGUGUGCCAUCGUGCCUGGUGAAGGAAAUAUGUGUUAAUAAACUUCUUUCACUGAGAGCUCUACAGCAUGGAGUGCUCACCCUGUGCUUUGCUCCAGUGCUGAAGCCCCCAGAGUGCUGCUGUGGAUGAGUGCCUGAAAACACUUGUUACUCUUGGUGCUUGAUUCGGAGAACAUCCUGUUUUAUCUCAUUGGGUUUUCAAGACAGGGUUUCUCUGUGCAGCCCUGGCUGUCGCUGUCCUGAACUCUCUCUGUAGACCAGGCUGGCCUCAAACUCAGAGAUCUGCCUUUGCCUCUGCCUCCUGUGUGCUGAGAUUGAAAGUGUGCGCCACCGCACCCGGUGACAGCGAACACCCUAACGGGCUUCCACUGUACAGCUGAUCCAUUCUUCAGUUCAUAUUGGCUUUUCUCCCUCAAGAGCCUGACCUCUCUAUUGUAAGUCACACUGAGUUGUAAUGUCUUAGGUGACUAACAAAUAAAAUGAAGUGACUAUAGAAAUCUUUAUGAAUUAAAUUCCUGCUUUUGAGGGACUUCGUUACACACAUGCAAAUAAAAACUCUGAGCUUCUUUGAAUAUCCCGAGUCAGAAAGGAAAACCACCCCCAACCUCAAGAGAGUUAUUACUAGUUUGUCUCUGACUGACUGUUAAGAGGCUGCCAUGACUCAGCUUCUAGUGAUUAGCAUGAGCUGAACAAAAUGUGGGGCAGAGUUCAGGGUGCUCGCUCAUGUAGCCUAGGCUGGCCUGGAACUCUGAUCCUCUUGCCUCGGUCUCCUGGGUCUGGGAUGAUAGGCCUAUACCACCACCCCUGGCUCAAGAUACGUUUUGUGCCUCAAGUCAUGGUUUGUGGAGGAAGUGGACAUAAAUGAGUUAGUGUAUUACAGUUUGAUAAACUAAUUAACACUGUAUACUUCUGUGCCAUGUAGGAAGCGAUUAGAGGAAUGUGUGGCCUGUAGGUGAUUUUAAUGAGAUGCUCUGAGAUAACUGAGGAUUUAUGAUCGGUGUAGCCAAAUUAGACACCUGUCAACUUGACACUCUUUCCUAAUCACAGCUACAGAUCUCAGAGCUGAUUGAUCAUGGUUUGGAAAGAACCCCACGGCCUGUGGAGACUUGUCCAAUUGUGGCUGAUGACAUUCCACUCCUGGGAAGUCUGCUCUGUAGCUCUGUUGCCUUAUCAUUACUUAACAAUGUUUUGGGACAAGAUCUUCAAUUCGAUUUUUCUAAAGCCUUUUUUUAAAAAAUACAGACUGUAAGAAGCUGUAAAAAUAACUCAGAGGUUCCUUCUAGCUUUUACCUGGCUUCUUCUAGUGGAAACAUCUAAAAGUAUGUUGAAGUAUUAUAGCUAAAAAGUUGGCAUUGGUAGGGCCCUUUAGUCUGAUUCUGAUGCCUUUGUGUGUGUGUAUGUGUUCAUGUGGGUGUAUAUUGUGUAUAUAUGUGCACAUGUGUGUGGAGGCCAGAGAUGGAAUCCACAUAAGAAAAGUAUUACUAUGAAAAAAUCCAGAGAAACCCUGUCUCGAAACUGCCACCCCCAAACAACAACAAAAAUGCAAAAAAAAAGAACAAAAUAAAAAACCAGAUCUAAUGUCUCUACAA